ACUAAAUAAGUCUUCAUCAGACGUCCUCGUCUGCUCAGGAACAGGAAGUACUACUAUGUAGUCUUCAGCAGAGGGUUUUCAUUCAGUCUGAGACAGUCAGGACUGAGACGACAUGGAGGUCACAUCACUUUGGAUUGAACUGAUGCUGCUCACUCUUCUGAACACUUACUCUGCUCAGACAAACGAUGAUGCUUUCCCUCAUAUUGAACCAAACAGACUUCAGUUCUUUGAGUAUGAAUCCCUACAGUUAGAUUGUAAGAGGUUUACUGGCUCUACUGAAUGGAGGGUGAUGGGAAACACUUCGUCAUCAGGAGCGUCUCGAUGGGAGGAUUCAACAACAUCCAAAAAUAUCAAACCUACUUUUGUGAGACAAAGUGGAGAGUACUGGUGUCAGAACGGAGAAGGAGAGAGAAGCAGAUCUCUCAACAUAUCUAUUGUUCAAGCUGGCGGUGUGAUCCUGGAGAGUCCUGUUCUCCCUGUGAUGGAGGGACAGACUGUCACUCUGCGCUGCAGGAAAAAGACACCACCCCACGACCUAGCAGCUGAUUUCUAUAAAGAUGGACAUCUUAAAAAGACUGAAUUUAAAGGAACAAUGACCAUUUACAAUGUCUCUAAGUCUGAUGAAGGACUCUACAAGUGCAAGAUUCCGGGAUAUGGUAAAUCACCAAAUAGCCGUCUGGCUGUCAGAGGUGAGAAUUGA